AUGGAAUAAUCAAAUAUGAAAAUGUGCUCAAAACAUAAAUUAGAAAUUGUUUUGGUUGACCUUGAAGCAAAAGUAGCUUAAGAGGAUAGAUAUUUAUGUGUUAGAUGUAUUAUUGAAAGAAUGAAUAAGAAGAAAAUGAAUAUGAUUGACGAAACUAAGAAUUUGAUUAAAGAAAUGAAAAUGACUGAAUAAAAUCAAAAAUUUGAAGACAAUAAAAAGAGAUUAGAUAAUUUCAAAAUAGUUGGAUAAUUAUUAAGAGAUCUUAAGUAGAAUAUAGACUCUAUUUUUGAUAAAAUAUUCAAUAAUAUUCAAUCAAAAUUAAGUUAGAUUUAAAGUGAUAUAGAAAAUAUAGAAUCAUAAACUAUCAUAUUCAAUUUUGAAGUUGACAUUGAAAGAUUAUCCUAAUAUUAAGAAUAAUAAAUUAAUUCAUAAUCUAUUCAAGCAAUAGAAGAUGAUCAUAAAUUUAUUGAAUAAAUACAAAAAUAAUUAUCAUCAUUCAUAAAUUCUUAAUAAUAUAAUAAAUUAAUGAAUAACUAAAUAAUUUUUGUUAAUGAAAUCGUAGCCUAGGAUUUAUAAACAAAUGAAUAACCUAAUGAAAUGAUAAAAGCAUAAGAUUAUGUAAUAUAAUUAUAUUUCAUAUUAGAAAACACCAGCUUUGAAACUUAUAUGCGAAGAACACACAAAAGAAAUCAUAAUGUUUAAUUUGAAUGUCAAUUCUAACCAGUAACCAAAGAUGGCAUGUGUAAAAUGUAUUUAAUAAUAUCCUGCAUCAUACACACCUUUAGAAGAGCUUAUUAGCUAAUGGGAUUAAUAUCAAAAGAGAAAUUAAGCUUAUAGUAAUGAAAUCCAAAAAACUAGGAGUGUUAUGUAAUAAAAAAUAUUGAAAGUCAUUUAAGAUAUCAAAUUGUAAAAUGAUUAAAUAUUUGAUGACCUAAUAUAAUCUUUAAAUAACUAAUAAUAAUCAAUAGAACAUAUGAAUCAGAACUAGAUUAAUGGUAAAUCAUUUUAUCAAUUAACGUCUAAUUAAAUUAAUGAAAUACUUAUUCAAUUAAGUUAAAUAGAUAAAUUUAAGUCACAUAAAGAUCAAAAAAGUAAUAUAGAGAAAAUUGAUAAAAUAUUCUAUUCAGACUUAAGAUCCAGAUUGGAGCAUUUAAUUUAAUAUUAAUAAAUAAAUGCUUAAAGAAUCAAUUAUUUGCUUAUGAAUGAUAAUAAAGUGAUUCAUGAAAUUGAUAAUCUUUUAAAAUCAACCUAGUAGGAAGAUGUAGAUAAUAAAGAAGAAACAGCUGAUAUAUUAUAAAUUAUAGAAAAAACGAGAUAAAUUAUGGAAUAAUCAUUUAAUUUUCAAUUUUCAUAAAAAAUACUUGAUGAAAAUAUUGGUUAAUAUAAAAAGGCUAAAGAGGAAAUUUAGAAUUUAAGGUAGAUUUUAAGCUUAAAAAUAGAAAAAUGUUAAAGAUUUCAAUAGAUAUUCAAUGAACUCAAUAAUUAUUCAGAAAAAUUUGUUUAAGAUUAUCUUAAAUUUUAAUAAUUUUUAGAAUUUGAUUAAAUGUUGAAUCUAAUUAAGGAAUUAAAAGAAUAAAUUUCAUUAUCCAAUAAUGAAUAAUUAAUAAUUAAUCAACAAAAUGAAGAAUAGAAGUAAUAAUUAGAAUUAUUGAAAAAAAAUUAAAAUUAAUAUUAAAAUGAGAUUUAAGUUUUAACAUCUUUAAGUAUUUUAUAUUUUAUCUUAUUAAGAUGAAAAGAUGAAGAAAGAAAUGGAAGAAUAAAUCAAUCAUAAAAAUUAAGAUAAUAAAAAAUUAAAAGAAAAAAUUGAAUCUAUUUAAAAAGAGAAUUCAAAAUAAAAAAAUUAAUUUGAGAAUGAUCUAAGAAUAUUGAACUAAACAAAUGAAUAAAUUAAUAAAGAAAAUUUAGAGUUAAAGAAUUAAAUAAAAGUUAAAGAUGAAGAUUUUUAAGAAUUAAAAACAAAAGUAACAUAUUAUUAUCAUAUAAGUCAUCAUAAUAAUAAAAGUUAUUAACAUUUUCAUAAACACAUAAACAUUCUAAUUGCUAAGUGACAUAAAAUGGUAAGACUGUUCAAAAUGGCAAAUACUGUCUUUGUGAUUAAGUUAUCCCUAAAAAUGGAUUUACAUUAUUUGCAUUUAAGAUCAUUGAAUUAAGUAGUAGAUGUUUUAUUGGAAUUGGGAUGAGAGAGAUUAUAUAAAAAAAUAAUUAUGAUGGAGAUGUAACUUAUGGCUAUGGGUAUUAAUUGAUGAAUAAAAUUAGAUCAUAUACAAUAGGAUCUAAUUAGUAUUGUUUUUCACACCAUGACAAAGAUAAAGAUGCCAAAGCAUUAUCAUUUGAUUUUACAGUAAAUGAUAUAAUCAUGGUUGAAGUUGACAUUUAAAAUAAAUACAUAAAAUGGACUAAAAAAUAAUCAAAUCAAUCAUUUGUAAUUCAGAUAAUUAUAUAUCAUAAUAGACUCUUUAGAUAGAUACAACUUACGAUUUAUAUCCAUGUGUAUGGGCGAUGAGUGGAAGUAAAAUUGAAAUAUAAGACAUUAGAAUAUGA